CAGAAACAAGGGCUGCCACGCCCCUGCAGGUCACAUGCUGAUUCAAAACAGGAAACGUCAACGGGGAAUGAAGGUUUUCGGUUUAAAGCGUAAAGCUAGUUCUGUUAGAUAUUUUAUAACUAUAUUCUGGGCUGUUUUAUUAGCUAGGUUCUUUACUUUUUGCAAAAUAUGUGAAUGUAUUGAAUUUGUUUUUGGAAAUGGAGAUGUGAGUAUUGAGUUUGUGUAGCACUCAUUUGGAGGUUUAAUUUUUUAGGUUUAUUAGUUAAGCUCGUUAGUUUGGUUAGUUAACCUAGGUUAGCUACCCGGCAGGCUGUUAUGAUUAAUUUAGCUGGUGAAGUGUUUGAACAGAGAAAAUAAUAACCGAGUUUCUGAGCCUCCAUGAGUUUACGGGCGCUGUGGGUCGUUUCUCACGACAAGGGAGAAAAUGGAAAAGUGCGGUUUUCCAAGCGUUACCCCACAGUGGAGUUCCGUGCUAAGUCCCUGGCAGGAACUCAGUAUGUGGCAGUUCCUGAAGACCGUCUUAUACCUCAGCUCCUGCUGACCGAACUGGGCCUGUUGGACCCCGACAAGCCCUAUAUAGCCACUCGGGAUGACUGUGCACUUCAGCAGCACUGCCCAGCUGUGGAGCUCUGUGUAGGUGGCCCGGGUGGGAGAACCCUCUGGCCCCUGCUAACCAUCAGCCAGGGUGGGCUAAUCCUAGCCUGUCUUCCGCUGGUUGAAGCCCCGCCUGAGCCCAGACCUCCUCUUCCCAGCCUGGCUUCAGUCUCUCAGGGCUUAGCUCUUCUGUCAGGCCUGCAGGGCUUCCUUUGUGGCACAGGGGGUAAACUGCCGGAGCCUGAUGUGUUGGCCUCCCGCUUGGCCAAUCUCCCCUUGGUGCUUCUGCAGGUUUGUCCUCUAGGGAUGCCCUUGGACGUCCCCCCCCAGGCUGGAGCGUUGCCUACUGCUGUGGCUCUGGGCCCAGGAGGUGCUCAAAAGCAGCCAGCUUGGAAAGCAGGAGUCCAUCGAGGGAGAGCGGUGGUGAGCGUGGCCCUCACAGAAAUGGUGAGGUGCAUGCAGUAUGGCACCAGCAGUAAGCAGGAUAUGUGGGAUGUGUACGGGAAAGUUAUGUGCAAAUGUGAAGUGGAGGGGAUCCUGCCCAAUGUCACGGUCACCCUCACACUGCCACCCAAUGGUUCACCACUGCAGGACAUCCUCAUCCACCCCUGUGUGACGUCUCUAGACUCCAGUAUUCUUACAGCCAGCAGUGUGGAUCAAAAUGAUGGCUCAGCCUUUUCAGGUCCAUACAAAUUCCCCUUUUCUCCACCUCUGGAGCCUUUCAGACUCUGCAGCUACACCUCACAGGUACCUGUGCCUCCUAUCCUUGGUUCCUACCAGCUAAGAGAAGAAGUAAAUCUACUUAAGCUGAACGUCGUCCUCAAGCUCCAUGAAAGUGUUCGCAACAGUUUUGAGUACUGUGAGGCACAGUUACCCUUCUUUAACAGAAAACUAAUGGGCAAUGUUGAUGUAAAGGUGAGCUCAGGACAACUGGAGGUGUCUAAAGAGAAGAAUAUGCUGGUUUGGGUUCUUGGUCAGAAGUUCCCAAGGUCACGAGAGGUUACUCUGGAAGGCACUGUAAAUUUCUCAGGACAUGUCCUUGGACCAACAGACCCUCUGUGUACAGACCUCACUGCAUAUGUAAAACUCUACUUCCGUGUACCAGAUUUGACUUUAUCUGGUUGUUGUGUGGACCAGCACUCUGUACAAGUGUAUUCCUCAGCAAAACCACGCAUCAUCACAACACGAGAACUGGUGUCCUCAGAAUAUUACAUCUGGAACUCCACUGGAGAUGCACCUGUGUCGUCCGGACUCAUGAUACUGUAACAUUUAUGUUCUUCUGGAGCACAAAGGCCUUUAUAACUUUACUGAACUAAAUAAAGGACUCUGCUUUAUACAGGUUCAAAUUGGGUAUAAAGUAUUAUGUAAAUGGAUUAAUCUGGGUGACUACAGUUGUGUUUUUAUGCGUUAUUCAAUGUUUGGAUCAACACUGAGUGUCACUGAAGGAUUACAUUGGUUCGGAUUAUAUGGGAAACUUGGGAUACAAAGUCUGCAGUAUCUCUUCAUUUUCACAGUGCAUAUUCUCCAAUACAUUUCACUGACCUAAGUGCCAUUCUCUGUUCAGAGGUACAGCCAUGAGGAUAAUCAGGUAGGUUUAUGUGUGUAGAUUUAUUGAGAUAAAGAAAACAUUAUCUGAAAAAAAAGUUUUGGAAAAAGCUAAAGCCAUUAGACGUUUUGAAGGUUGUGCUUAAUGAAGUAAAGAUUAAAUCUUUUUAUACAA